AUGUGCUUUGCUACAAAAGAGCCUUCGAACGACACAAACCAGACAACAUCUUAUAAGAUAUCUUUAAGUGAAUACCAAGCGACCCCAGUUUCGUUGGAUAAGAAACGAGACAUGAAGUCACUAUGGGUAUAUCAUCCACCAUCUUUGCAGUCUCAAGGGGAAGACCAAGUGGUUCAAAACGCGAUGUUCAAGUCUCCGCAUUUGCUCACAAGACUCGCAAAGCCGUUUAACUUUGGCAUAGAUCCAUACUUCAGCAAGGACUAUUUCGCACCAUUUGAAAGAAGAAAUAGACCUAUAACUCUAGUGGCUUUUAGAAGAAAUGCUUUGAUGCCUCGCAGAAGUGUUCGUCAAAGCGCGUCAGCAGAAGUUGCGGAGUUACAGUCCCCAUUCAAUGAAGUCGGUGCUUUGUGGCGGGAAGACCCGGAUAUAUUUAAUUUAUAA